AUGAAAACGGGGCUUUUGAUAGAGCAACGUGCUCGGCUUACAACAGCACCUUGGGUGCCAGUUUCACGAUCAAGCUUGCCAAUCCCAGAUUUCGGCAUGUCAUCACCACCCAAAAUCCGUGGAUCUGGAGGUCGACCUCUUCGACGACGACGACCUUCAAAAAAUAUUUUUUGGGCUGUUUGCGACCUUGAACGUGAACUUUCACACAAGGUGCUGUUGGCCAAGCCGAGCACAUCGCUCUAA